AAUUGAAAAGGGCAGCUAGUGCACUUGAUUAAAUUGGUUGGUUUUCUUGGCAUUAUUAGCAAAUGGGGAUUCCAGUGAUUGAUUUCUCAAAAAUUGAGGGAAAAGAGAGGGCCGACACUCUGGCUGAGAUUGAUCGUUGCUGUGAAGAGUGGGGAUUCUUUCAGUUAAUCAACCAUGGCAUCACUGAGGAGCUUUUGGAGAGGGUGAAGAAGGUGGCUACCGAAUGCUAUAAGUUGGAAAGGGAGCAAGGUUUUAAGAACUCAAAACCAGUGCAAUUACUUAACGAUCUGGUAGAGAAGAAGAGUGCGGAGAAAAUAGAAAAUGUGGACUGGGAAGAUGUUUUCCUACUCUCGGAUGAGAAUGAUACUGAGUGGCCAUCAAAGACAAUUGGUUUCAAGGAAACCAUGAAGGAGUAUAGGAUCGAACUAAAGAAAUUGGGACAUAAAGUCAUGGAAAUAAUGGAUGAAAACUUAGGCUUGCCAAAAGGCUACAUAAAAAAUGCCUUCGAUGGUGGCAUAGACAAUGCAGCCUUUUUUGGAACCAAGGUAAGCCACUAUCCACCAUGCCCCUACCCAGAGAAGGUGAAUGCGCUUAGAGCCCACACCGAUGCUGGAGGCGUUGUCUUGCUUUUCCAAGAUGAUGAGGUGAAGGGCCUCCAAAUGUUGAAAGACGGGGUAUGGAUUGAUGUGCAACCCCUGAAAAAUGCUAUAGUCAUUAACACAGGUGACCAGAUUGAAGUAUUGAGCAACGGAAGGUACAAGAGUAUCUGGCAUAGGGUUGUGCCCCAGACGGAUGGACAAAGGAGGUCGAUUGCUUCAUUCUACAAUCCAUCACUCAAGGCCACUAUACAACCUGCUGUGGAGAAGAAGGUGGAGGAUGCAACCAAGUAUCCUAAGUUUGUAUUUGAAGAUUAUAUGUCUAUCUAUCUUGAGCAAAAAUUCCAAGCUAAAGAACCAAGGUUUCAAGCCGUGGAAGCAAUAUAAAAGUUUGAAGUGAUGUACGCUUGGGACUACAUUACGUGUGCUAAGUAAUGAUAGUUUAUGUAUGUGUGUGUGUGUGUUGAAGAUAGUUAUGAAGUCAUCGCCAUAGCGAAAUGCUGUACUUGGCAAUCUAUAAUACUUAUGUUGUAUGUGUUUGGCAACUAGCAGUUUGUCAACCUUAUUGUUUGUCUAGAAUAUUAAUUUUGGCUGCUGCAUUUGUGUGUAAUCUGAAUUGCUUUCAGAGGGUGUUUGGCUAAACUUUAGUGUGUGAGUGUG